UCUGAGAGCACCCCAACUCAUCUUCUCUCACAUUCCACACUAUUCAAAGAAACUCACACACGCAUUCAGUUCCUUCUCAAACCUCCUUCAAUUUCCAAAAGUCCCUUUUGUCUCUCUCGCUUUCUUCAAUGGCCGGAAGAGGCAAAUCUCUCGCCGCAGGCACCGCCAAGAAGAGCACAUCUCGGAGCAGCAAGGCCGGUCUCCAGUUCCCCGUCGGCGGUAUCGCCCGUUUCCUCAAAACUGGCAAGUACGCCGAACGCGUCGGCGGUGGCGCCCCUGUCUACCUCGCCGCCGUCCUCGAGUAUCUCGUCACCGAGGUUUUGGAAUUGGCUGGGAAUGCAGCGAGAGACAACAAGAAGACACGCAUAGUGCCACGUCAUAUCCAGUUAGCGGUGAGGAACAACGAGGAACUGAGUAAGCUUCUUGUGUCUGUGACCAUCACAAACGGUGGCGUUUUGCCCAACAUUCACAACAUGCUAUUGCCUAAGAAAGCCAGCAUCGGUUCCAAAAGCAGCCCAAUCGAUGACUAG